AUGUCUGCACAGGACAAGCAGAAACGGCUGCCUCGUCAUGCUGUUUUAAAUCCCGCGGGGGUCGAGAUCUACGCAAGAUCUACCCGUUUAGGCCAUUACGGACUCUUACCGUUUGAGACCUUCUGGAGCCAGCGUUACCGCUACCUGCAAGAUUCGGGAUACCUCCUGCGGCCGCGAUAUGCACCCAAAUGGAAGCCGUCGUGGAUUGGAACAAAUCUGGAUCCCAUAUACUGUGAGGACUCGAUCAUGCUCUUGGACCACCAAGUUAUUGAUGCUAGGCGUCGCACAGACAAUGAACUGGUUGCUAUCAAAACGUUUCCGAGAAAUAGUCAAGAAGUCCAUAUCGCCCAAUUUCUCUCCAACGCCGAGGACAAAACGAACCACGCGGUCCCAGUCUUCGCAAUCCUUCCGGAUCCUUUCGACCCCCAGCUAUCGCUAAUGGUGAUGCCUUACCUGCGCCCCUGCAACGACCCCGAAUUUGGAAAUAUUGGAGAGGUGAUUGAGUUCAUCAACCAAUUGGUCGAGGGCCUUGUGUUCAUGCAUAAACACAGGAUAGCACACCGCGACAUAGCACUCGCCAACAUCAUGAUGGACGCAAAGCCUCUCUAUCCAGACGGCCACCAUCCGGUCAGACUUGAGGCCAGCCUAGACGCACUAUACGAUGUCACCCCUCUUCCACGAACAGGUCGCUCGAUACGCUACUACUACAUCGACUUCGGUCUCUCUGUCAAGUUUCCGGAAGGCGCACCCUCACUCGUCGUCGGAGAUGUCGGGCGGGAUGCAGAGGUACCAGAGCUCUCCCCGGAUGUUCCAUACGACGCUUUCCCGGUCGACAUUUACGCUCUAGGAAACAUGUUAUUCAAACACUUCGCACAGGAGUACAACAGCAUGGAGUUUCUUCUCCCCUUGAUCGAGCAGAUGAAGCGGUUACAGCCAGAGACGCGUCCGACUGCACCCCAGGUCCUUCGCGAAUGGCAGAGAAUCCGUGGGGAUCUCAGCGACUCGCUCUUCCGAUGGCGUCUAGGACCCAAGUCUGAACCGGCCGUAGAACGGAUGUUCAAGGACACGGUUGCGGCUGCAUGGGAGGGGGUGUUCCGCCUCAGGCAACUAGUAGGAUAG